UCAUUCUCUACUCAUUCUCAGCUCACGUACUUUUCAAUUCGGUUUGAUUCAGCUUCUUCUCUAAGAUGGGAACUUCAAGAAGCCAGGGAAGAAACAGUGCAAGUACCUUGGCUGCGGCCUUGGUCCUUCUAGUCUUGGUAGACUGCGCCUUAGCAGCAACCGUCAAUGUUGGAGGAAGCAGUGGUUGGACGCUGGGUUACAACUACAAAACCUGGGCUUCAACAGCGAAAGUCAGGCCUUAUGAUUCAUUGUUCUUCAAGUAUGACCCCAGGCUCCACAACGCUAUGGUUGUGAGCAAGGCCGACUACGACAGCUGCAAGACCACAUCUCCCUGGGCCAAGCAUGCAUCCGGAAAAGACUACAUUAAGUUCACGAAGUCCGGAACUUACUACAUCAUCUGCGGAGUCGGCACGCACUGUAAAGCAGGCAUGAAGGUGGCCGUCACAGUCAAGUGGUGAUUGGACAAUGCUAUUGCUUGAAGUGAUUGACAUCUCCAGCCUUGCCUUGGCUUCAAGGUUGAAGGCCACACUUAGUUCAAAUAAGCCGUGACCAAUAGUUGAAAGUCUGCUAGGAACUGAUCUGGAUGUUAUUGUCAAGUUCUUUUAGAGACGAGUAGAUUAAUCUAGAUAAGCAGAAAGCAGAUUCUGCUUAUCCAGUGUGUUUGGCGAAGCAUGUCAGUGGAACGAAAAUUCCAAUUGUUGCUUCCUUCAGUUGAGGACCAUUGUGAAACUGAGUUUCGCAACUCAGCUUCACAAUGUUGAGAGUCCACGAGUAAUCGAUCAUAUGUUCAAAGUGCAAACGGAAAAAAUUUACUGUUUCUAAUUCCAAUCUUA